AGUACUCGUUAACCUUAUUUUUCAACACCGUACACAUCGUUCACCAAGGCCUCUGCAAGACUAAUCGAAAUGCCUUCCCAAAAAUCAUUCAGGACGAAACGCAUCCUCGCCAAGGCCUCGCGCCAGAACCGACCCAUUCCUCAGUGGUUCCGUUUGAAAACGGACACGAAAAUCCAAUACAACGCAAAGCGUCGUCACUGGAGGCGUACCAAGCUUAACAUCUAAAUGCUCCGUUUUGUAUCAUUGUUUCUGGCACCACGAUGGCGAGGGGAGAGGUGGAAGGCGCUCGUUUAUCCUCAGAGAGAGGUAUCACACAAUGCAGCAUGUAACACUCCGCUAUUCGCAUGAGAUAAAAUCACCUACAUGCACUAUGA